ACCUUUGUAUAACCCCAUAAAUUCUAAACUCUCCCUCCCAUCUCUUCUUCACCACUACUCACACACAGAAGAAAGAGAGACAGAGAGAGAGAGAGAGAUGGAUGGCCCAAAUCCUAUCUAUUUUUUCACAACCCUCGUGAUUUUUCUCUCUUCCAUCUCCUCCGGAACCGGAGCCGGCAGGCCCCAAAAGAGCAACAGCGAAGAGUUCAUCAGCACAUCUUGCAGCGCCACCACUUACCCCAAACUCUGCUACACCUCCCUCUCAACCCACGCCAACUUCAUCCAAACCAGCCCCAAGCUGCUCGCCCACGCCGCCCUCUCCGUCGCCCUCAACAACACCCGUUUCACCUCCGCCGUGAUGGCCCGGCUCUCCCAUUCCCACGGCCUCAGCCCCAGAGAGGCCGACGCCAUGCGCGACUGCGUCGAAGAGGUCGCCGACUCCGUGGACGAGCUCAGGAAUUCCAUGGCAGAGAUGACCCAAAUCAAUGGCACCAACUUCGACCUGAUGAUGGGCGAUAUCCAGACGUGGGUGAGCGCCGCCUUGACCGACGACGACACCUGCACAGACGGGUUUUCCGGCUCGGCCAUGGCCGGGAAGCUGAAGAGCACCGUAAGGGGUCGGAUUGUGAAGGUUGCCCAGCUGACGAGCAAUGCCUUGGCCCUCAUCAACGGCUAUGCUUCUACCUUCCACGGCUAGAGAGCUGAUAGCUAUAUAUGGUCGAAAUAUAUACCACCGGGCGAGUGGUACGUAGAUGUUUGUACUAAUAAUUUAGAAAUUUUGAGUUUAAAGAAGUCACGUACUCUUCAGUGGGUGACUAUAUAUAGCUGCUUGCAUUCGCCUACAGGCUACUGUUUAUAAUUAAUGAACAGGUGUAAGUAAAUGAUGUGUCUCUUCCAUUUGGCGAAUAUAUAUAUAUAUAUAUAUAGUUUCACA